AUGGUAGCUAUAAGACGGAAACAAAAUGGUUGGGUAGACCGAGACCAUCCACUUGUUUUUCUUUUUCUCGGCUCUUCGGGGAUCGGCAAGACAGAAUUGGCCAAACAGAUGGCAAAAUAUCUUCACGGAGACAAGAAAGCCUUUAUUCGAAUGGACAUGUCUGAAUUCCAGCAUCGACACGAAGUGGCCAAGUUCAUAGGGUCUCCUCCCGGGUACGUGGGUCACGAGGAGGGAGGACAGUUGACGAAUCUACUAAAGGAGUGUCCUGAUUCCGUCGUCCUCUUUGAUGAGAUAGAAAAGGCUCAUCCCGAUGUUCUGACUAUAAUGCUCCAAUUAUUCGACGAGAGGCAUUUCAAAAGGGAUGAGUUUUUGGGGAGAAUAAACGAAUUUGUCUACUUUUUGCCGUUUUCUAAAUACGAGUUGAGAAGGUUGGUUGUCAAGGAACUCGAGUUUUGGGCCAAAAAGGCGAUGGAGUCGAAUAAGAUGACACUCGAGUGGGACAGUUCUGUGGUGGAGGUGCUCAUUGAUGGGUACGACAUUCACUAUGGAGCAAGGUCAAUCAAACAUGAGAUUGAGAGGAGGAUUAUUAGUCAGAUUGCCUUUGCACAUGAACAGGAGUUAAUUAAAGAGGGAUCCACCAUUACUCUCAAAAUUGAUGGAAAUAGUUCGGAAAAUGUUUGUGGAAGAAUUAAACUCGAGUUUUCACCAGAUUCAUCUCAUGGAUAUUGGUAG